AUGCCCCUUUCGGAAACCGAGUGCUCAUCCCGAGUUCGGUGCUCGAACUUUCUCUUCCUCGUCCUCUCCACUAUAAAUAUAUGGGAGAUGUCUCCCGCCACUUUCCCCCUCGCCCGUCGACGGGAUUCCCCCGAGCGCCGUGGACCCGCGCGUGUGGCGGGNUACUUCCCCGAGGGCCACGCCGAGCAUGCAUGGUACCCCCCGGACCUCUCCGCCGUCCUCGGCGGCGGCGGUGCCCCCUUCUUCCGCUGCCGCGUCGUCGGCGGUCGCCUCCUCGCGAACCGCCGCAGCGACGAGGUGUUCUCCGAGAUCCGCCUCGAUCCAUCGCCCUCCGCCGCCCCGACGGAGGAGGCCGCCGCGGCGGCGUGGAGUGGCGGCGGUGAAGGCGAUGACGGAGGCAUGGCGUGGUUCGUGAAGAUCCUGACCGAGAGCGACGCCAACUGCGGGGGAGGGUUCUCCGUCCCGAGGUCCUGCGCCGAGCACAUCUUCCCCCCUCUCAACCUCGCCGCCGAACCCCCGGUGCAAACGCUCUCGAUCUCCGACCUCCACGGCACGGCGUGGAAGUUCUGCCACAUCUAUCGCGGCACCCCGCGCCGCCACCUCCUCACCACCGGGUGGAGCAAAUUCGCCGAGUCCAAGCGGCUCAUCUCCGGCGACGCCAUCAUCUUCGUCAAGGACAAGUCCAACGGCGACCUCUUCGUCGGCUUUCGCCGCGCCCUCCGCCUCUUCGACGCCGACUCCCCCUUCCUCCCCUUCCUUGCCGAGAUCGACCCCGAGGAGGACGAGAGGACGAUAAGCGAGCUAGGGUUCUCCCGGUGUGUCAGGGGGAGGAUCCCCUCCGCGAACGUGGUGGAGGCCGCGCGAUCGGCGGAUCUGGGCCGUCCGUUCGAGGUGCUGUACUACCCGAAGGCGGGGCUCCCGGAGUUCGUGGUGCCCGAGGCGGAGGUCGACGCCGCGAUGAGGGUUCCAUGGAAGGUGGGGAUGAGGGUGACGUUGUCAGUGGAGGGCGAGGACUCGUCCACGAUGCACAAUGUUUUGGGAACCGUGGCGGAGGUCGCCAAACGAGGGGCAAAAUCUCCAUGGCGUAUGCUUCAGGUUACGUGGGAUGAACCUGAAAUUAUGAAAAAUCGGGGCUUGAAUAAAGUGAGUCCUUGGCAAGUUGAAAUAGUCUCCAGCACCCCUGCUCUACAAACACAAUAUUUUGAAACUCCUCGUCUAACGAAGUGGAAGGUGCUUGAGAAAUCAGGUUCCCUGGGUGAUGAGCAGAACUGGAGGGUGCUUGAGAAUUCAGGGUUCCUCGGUGACGAGCAGAAUAGCAUUCUUAAUCCUGAGUACAAAACUGUAACCUCUGCUGUACUCCAAUCUCCUGAACAUCCUGCUGGCAUGCAGGGAGCCAGGCAAGAUCUAAUCUGUUUCCUACCCAUAAAGAGAAAUGAAGUAAUCGGUAAUAGCUCUUCUAUUGAUAGCACAACACAAGAAGUUGAAAUUGUGCGCGGUGAAAUGAACAUUGCGAAUAUAUCACAUUCAAGCUCAAUCCAUCUGUGCCAGGAGGCCAUGUUGAAUGGUGGAUCAGAGCCCACUAGUACUUCAGCUUUUAGUCAACUCAAGGGCGUUCGAACAAUCGCGCUGUUUGGCCAGACGAUCAUAAUAGAGCAGUCUCCUGCUGGUGGUGGUGCAGACAAGCAGUAACUCCACUUUUUUGAAGUUCAGCUAAGUUAUUAUUAUUAGAGUUCCUAUAUUUGGAUCAUGCAAUUUAUAUAGGUAUUAGAGUGGUUGCUUGUGCUCGUUUAUUGAAGCUUCAUUUUGAUACGGUCAUGCAUAUGGUCUCGUAAUUACAGACGACUUCUCAAAAGCUUAUGUUGUGUUCUGUUGAGAAGUAGAUAGCCUUAAUGGCAUGGAAUCCUGAUUUAGAGAAAAUUGUUGGAUUCCUUAUUGCUUUUAGUGCCCUCAGGAUUUUUGUUUGCCCUUAUGUAUGCUUGUUUUCCAAGAUCUUUCUCUGUUUGGUAUCAUCAUCUUGACUUUGAUUCUUAAGGCUCUACUUUUAUGUCGAUCUAUAGCAAGAGAAAUAGAAAGUAUAAAGUGCUUCAUUUGUUAAAGGGUUUUUCUUUUAUUUGUUUAUCAUGAAUCUUAUCAUAUUUGUCAGUUUAUGGGCAGUUCGCCAAUUUUCAAUAAACAGGGUGCCUAUAACAUUAGGUGCCCAGACGGAUACCAUCUAAUUUGGCUAUGCCAUCAAGAUAGCCCUAAUUCAACUCAAUCCCUAGCUCAAUUUUAACCGACCUGAUUCAACUUGAUCCUGAUGUGCCUUGCAUAUGCAAAUGCCUUUUCUUCUUUUUUCCCUUUUCGGUAAUGUAUGGCUUUUGCAUACAAGUAGAAAUUUCCUAUCAGUGUACAGUGUUGGGUUUUUGUAUCUCUUCUUACAGAUUUAUGUGAGCUUAUGUAUUCGUCUGAUGCUAACUCGUACAUUAUUUGUCUUUAACCUGAGCUAAAGCCAGUUACUGAUUUAUGUACCAGCCAUCUUAUUGCUCUGUUUAUUAUUUAAUGCUAAAUAUUAGCAUAUCACAAUAUGGGUAUCUUAUGUUGGUGAUGCUACUUGAAUUUUGAAGAUGUGCUGCAUGUUUGCAUACAAUAAGAAAAUUUGAAAUUGCUCUGGUAACAUAAUCUCAAUAAUCAUCAAAGCUCUUAGCUAAAUGUCUUCUGCUGUUUGACUUCUUUAGUCAUGGUACAAAGAAUUAACUUGGUCCCUAUUUGGUUAUAAGGCUCAUGUACAGCACAAAUUGACACACUCUUUCUCUAUUCAGGUGGCUUUUGACGAGCACGGCAUGAAGGCUUCUUUCUCCUAGCUUUCCACUCAUCCCAAAUUUAGCUUGUUUGGUAGUAUUCUUCUAACUCUGUUACCCUUGGUAGCUUGUGGUUCUUGAAUAGCUUGUUUGCGGUGAACAUGGUUGUUGACUUUGGUUUUUAGCUUCCGUUGAUGCAUUCUUUGUUCAUAAUUCGUAUGGGUACAUUCUUUGUUUGUAAUUCAUAUGCUUGCGAGUUUAUUUCACUUCCUAUA